AUCUUUUAUACAUAGACUAAACUAUUAAUAAUAACGUCGAUAAUGAUGUACCGUGUUGUUUAUGUUCAAUUAGUAUGUAAUUAUUUUAAUAUAUUCAGGCCACCUUGUUGGCUACUCUGCGUUUUCCGUUUGACAAGUGGGCGGAUCUGUUGUCCCGUUUCCUAACCUCAAUAUGCAAACGAACUAGUUUUUAAACAUUUAUAAGCUAAAAAUAAAUCGACAAUGACUUCCAUGGUUGUUCGCGCGCUGCAGGAAAUCUUCCAGCCUAACGAAGAACGACUCAUAACAUAUUGCCAUGUCAGUAAAUACAUGAAGAAAAAGAAAACCUCUUUCUUGUGUCUUGUCAGCACGACGAGCCCCCCGAUCAAUAUAACAAUCGUACAAGUGAAAGAAACCGAUAAACACACUCAUAAAAGAAAGCGCAGUUGGGCUCUAGCUGAACUCAAAAAUGUGGACGGCUACAACGAAUCCAGUGAGACACAAGAGUUCGAUCUUCAUUUUGACAAAUUGUACCGUUGGGUGGCCACAAACGUGAAAGAACGCCACUCAUUCAUCCACCAUCUGUGGAAGCAAGCGGUUAAACAUAUAAUGAAGGAUAUGCCGACGUUCAAAAAUGUGCCGUUGUCGUGGAUCACCGAAGACGCCGUCACACCAGAAAACAAAUUCGUGAGUUCGCCACUGCUUGGAGAUAACGACUUGACUGAAGAUUUUCAAGCGAUCACGGAUAAGGAACAAGAAGAUUUGAAGAGGUUAAUGUCUGGAUGUGAGUUUGCAAUUAGUAAUGCUGAAGCUUUUAUGGAGAUAUUAGCAAGAGACUUGUCUCUGUUGGAUGGUGAAAAUGUUCAAUGUGUUCUGGCGUCUGAAGAGCAAGUGGAAAUGUUAAUGGGUCAGUUGAAGGUAGCGAUUGAUGAGGCUGAUAGACUUGAGAAACAACUGGAUUCGUAUGAUGAGAUUCUUUGUCAUGUUAGAGACACAAUGGAGAAGAUGGAAAAGAAGAACUCGAUGAUUUCUGUGGUGGAUAAAAAUAACCAGUUGUUGUUACGGGAGCUUGAAAAUAUUGUGACACGUUUGGACCUCCCCAGGAAAUAUCAAGAGACUUUAGAAGAUGCCGAUUUUACAACUCCACAAGGCCUAAAAGCGGCAGUGGAAGCUGGUAAUGCGUUAAAAGUUGCAAUGAAUUCAGACAUCGAUAAAGCUUUGCUGCAAAUGACCGCCGUUCAAGAACAGAGGCGUAGAUUUGAAAAAUAUAAGGAAAAAUUUUCGCGUAGUAUUUGUAGGCAGUUGAAUAAUUUAUUCAUUCAUUAUGGUAAUCAUAAAGGCGAGUCUGAUAAAACAGUGGAAGGGUUAAUAUUGCCUCAGCACAGUGGCGUUCAUAAAGAAUUAAAUUCAUAUAUAGACCUAAUGCACUGGAUUAAAGUCAUGGAUAGAAAGUCCUAUGAUUCCUUAAAAAGUGUAUACACUAAUUCACUAGGAAAAUUGUAUGAACGAGAUUUAAAAAAUUUAUUUGAGCUUGCAAAAACACGAAUUGCGGCGCCUGGAAUAGCAACGUCACCUACCACUCUUAUUGGCCUAGAUCGCGACAUGUGGUCCCUAGAAACAAGUACACACGACAGGAAAACUUAUAAAGUCACGUUAGAACAAGUAUUGACACAACUUGAGCCCGUUUGUUUACAGGAACAACAAUUUUGUGUUGCAUUUUUCCAGCUUGAUGUUUUGAGUCCAAGCUCCAAAAAUACUUUAACAACUCUUGAUGGCCCAGAAAUUGAUGUGAACGUCGUUUCACCACGUAAGGCGGAAAAACAAAUUAAUGAAGACGUGCGGAACAUGAUGAGUAAUUUAUUUUCAUGUUUGAAGAGCGAAUUAGAUAGUUUGAUUGAUCAUAUCAAAAGACAAGAUAGCUUUUACUGUAUGUAUGUGUUAGUAUGCCUAAACCAACACGUAAUGUCAGCACAGAGUACAUUCUUAAGCAAUACGUUCGCCUCUGUACUCAUUGAAGUCAAACGUUCGCUAGAUCAGUUUAUGCAAAUGCAAAUAGACUCGGUCAAAGAAUGUAAAUUGUCAAGGAAAUACAAGUGUGGGAUUUUGCCGUAUGUGUCCAAUAUUGAAGAAUUCGCUCUAAAUGCGGAUUGUUUGCUGAAAAGUGAUAGACGUGCAGAUUUGGAAAAGUGGUACACUAGACUCGUUGAUACUAUUUUAGAAUAUAUAGCGAUGCACUCAAAUGAUCAUCACAAAACGCCAUCACAAGUUAUAAAAAUGGAAAAUUACCAUCAUCUGUAUUCACUUUUGUCUCAGUUGAAAAUAUCAGUGCUGGACGCGCAGAGGAAAGAGGCUAAACAGAAGUAUAACGAUGCUUUGCAAGGAUAUGUUACUUUGUAUUUUGGUCGUCCCUUGGAAAAACUAAAUACAUUUUUUGAGGGAGUCCAAGCAAGAGUCGCAAGUGGUGUAAAAGCUUCAGAAGUUAGUUAUCAGUUGGCAUUUAGCAAACAGGAACUUCGCAAAGUGAUAAACCAGUAUCCUGGAAGCACGGUGAAAAAAGGAUUAGAAUCUUUGUACAAAAAAGUUGAAAAGCAUUUAUCAGAAGAAGGAAACUUACUACAAGUAGUGUGGAGAGCAAUGCAAGAAGAAUUUAUUAGACAGUAUAAAAUGCUGGAAGAUUUAAUCCAACAAUGUUACCCGGGAUCAAUGAUUAACUUGGAGUUUACAAUAGACGAUAUUUUACACUUCUUUUCAGAUAUCGCGAGGUCCCACUGAAGAAAUUCUAACUAAUUGUAAGUACGAAGUAAUUCAAUAAAUAAAUCAACUGUAUUUAUCAUGUUGCUGCAAUGCGCAAACAAAACCAGCAUUGCACAAUUUUUAUUAAAAAAAAUUAAAUACAAAAUGGUUACAA